AUGGAUCUUCCAGAUCCUGAUGGAUACGAUAGUGAGGAAAAUGAUGAUGAACUAGCUCAAUUUGAUUAUGAUGGAAACUCUGAUCAACUUGGAGAACAGGAGUAUGAAUGCAGCAGUGAGGAAAGUGGGUCAGUAUACAAGGAUGAAGGUGAUGCGGAAUGGAAAUGUGAAUAUUGCAACGCUAUCAUGUGGUAUGGUAGUUUGAAACCUCCUGUGAAUGACUAUGCUAAAUUUGGUCAGCUCUAUAUUAUCGACACAGAGAAAGAGGUAGCUAAUCGCGCUGCCAUCUUUGGGAAGUACAAGCGAGUUGAAGAUAAGGCAAACAAAGAGAAGUUGAGGGAGAAAGUAAUUGAGUCUAUAAUUUCCAUGCUUAACGAGGUCAAUCCAUAUGUCCAACAAUUCAGAUCAGCAAGGGAUAUGUUUGAUACUAAUCUGGACCAAACAUUUCAUAUGCGCAUUGUUAGUAGUCAAGAGAAGGAUGGAAGGACAUAUGACACUCCUAUUGCAUCUGAAGUUACUGCCUUGAUUUCAGUAGAUUUCAGUUUGGACAUGGAUAAAAGAGAUAUUGUGUUGGAAGAAGUACAAAGUGGAUAUCUUAAAAGGAUCAGUGAGAUUCAUCCUGCUUAUCUUGCUCUUCAAUAUCCUCUAAUUUUUAAUUACGGUAAAGAUGGGUUCAGGCUUGGAAUUAUAAAAAGAAGAACCACUGCUACGGAGAGUCUCAAGAGGGAAGCAAUAAGCAUGAGGCAAUGGUAUGCUUAUCGGAUGCAUGAAAGAGAAAACGAGUGUCAUAAUCUACUCCAUUCUAAAUGA